UGAGGAGGCCCGCGCAAUGGAUUCAUUCAAAGGCGGGUCCAAAGGCGCGACGGCAGUGGCAGCAGCAGCGAAGAGGAGAGGGUCGCUGAGGCAUCGCAAGGUGGCGGCUGAUGUGGUGGCUGUGAUGCUGGAUGAAGGCAUGCGGAAGCGAUGUACCCACCCACCCACCCAGGCAGCAGCAGCUCAAUUAGAGGCUCUGGAGAGUGAUUAUACCGGGGCAGCAGCGGCGCGACUGGAGGCUCUAGAGAGUGACUAUUCCGGGGUGGAUGCUGCUGUGGAUGAGGAUGAUGACGUGUUCAAUGCAGAGGAGGAACUGGUGCAAGAAGCGAGUGAGCCGUCCGGGCAAGAGGUGAACGAGGCAGUCAUUCCCUUCCCUCCCAUUCCUGUGCGGUCCAUUCCUCGUACUCGCUCCUUGGAGUGCCCACCAGGCUUCACACCAGCCAAGCGAGUGAGCCGUCCGGGCAAGAGGCUUCGCACCAGCCAAGCGAGUGAGCCGUCCGGGCAAGAGGUGAACGAGGCAGUCAUUCCCUUCCCUCCCAUUCCUGUGCGGUCCAUUCCUCGUACUCGCUCCUUGGAGUGCCCACCAGGCUUCGCACCAGCCAAGCGAGUGAGCCGUCCGGGCAAGAGGCUUCGCACCAGCCAAGCGAGUGAGCCGUCCGGGCAAGAGGUGAACGAGGCAGUCAUUCCCUUCCCUCCCAUUCCUGUGCGGUCCAUUCCUCUUACUUGCUCCCUCGAGUGCCCACCAGGCUUUGCACCAGCCAAGCGAGUGAGCCGUCCGGGCAAGAGGCUUCUCACCAGCCAAGCGAGUGAGCCGUCCGGGCAAGAGGUGAACGAGGCAGUCAUUCCCUUCCCUCCCAUUCCUGUGCGGUCCAUUCCUCGUACUCGCUCCUUGGAGUGCCCACCAGGCUUCGCACCAGCCAAGCGAGUGAGCCGUCCGGGCAAGAGGCGCACGAGACAGGCUGCUGCUGCCGUGGUGAGCAGAGCGAGCAAGCGAACUCCCAAGACAUUUGCAGAGCUGCUAGAAGAGUCGAGUCUAGCAGCCCUGUACUUACCCCUCGGACACACACCUCUUUCUUCCACACCCCACCACCCUCUCUCCCCAUCGGCGAGUCUAGAAGCCCUGCCACCAGGCACGCCCUCCUACUUCACAGCAGCAGUGGAGCCCGGCUGCUGCCUCUGUGUAUUGUCUGUGUGCUCACCCCUGCCAUGCUUCUCCCUCGCUUCCAUGCCCCCUCCUCACUCCCCACAGGCGAAUCUAGAGAUCCUGCCACUAGGCACGCCCUCCUACCUCACAGCAGCAGUGGGCCCUCCAACAGCCGCCUCAGUGCGCCGCUUCUGCUCUGCGUGUGGCAGCCACGCGCCCUACACAUGCCCCCGCUGUGCCGCCCGCUUCUGCUGCAUCAGCUGCCAAAGAUUGCACAACGAAACCCGCUGCCUCAAGUUUGUCAUGUAG